ACUUGUGAGUAAUUCAUCAUUGGAGACACCACAUUUGGUAUUCCAACAGUGGUUAUUUUAUUUUAUUUUUUUUUGUUUCUCUUUGUUUUUGUUUUUCUUCGGGUGAAAAAAGCAACCAAGCUGUUGAUCCGAACUACGAGCUACGAGCAUUUGGGAAUAAGGCAGCCCUUGCGUGCGACCCCGGGACUUCUGGCGACGCUCCUUCCGCGCUCAGCCCGGUGAAGUUUCCGGAAGGGCGCCCUCGCUGGGAGCCGCGUCCCACCGGAGAGGCGGGAAUCAUGGCAGACAGUGGAAAUAACAAAAGCCAAGUUCACGAGGAGCUUUGGUUAGAGGAAGAAUUUAUGAAAGAUGAACAAAGAGAGAGAUUAAUUGAUAAAAUUGCAAAGGAGAAUACUCAGUUAAAGGAGGAGAUCCAAAGGCUUGAGGCCAAGUUACAAGAGUCCACCAUAAACUCCCAGAUUAAAGAGGAUAUUCCUGAAACAGAGAUGAAAUUCACAUCUUUAGAGAAUCCUGAGAAUGACAGCCAGUUUUUAAAUGUCUCCUGUUCAUUUCAAGUGAGCUCGCAAGUUCUUUAUGAGCUACAGAAAGGACAAGCACUUAUCACCUUUGAAAAAGAAGAAGUUGCCCAAAAUGUCAUCAGAAUGGGGAAACAUCACGUGCAGAUAGAGGAUGUAGAUGUGGAGGUUAUGGCCAAGCCAGUUCCAUUAAAUUCGGGAGUCAGAUUCCAGGUUCAUGUAGAAGUGUCUAAGGUGAAGAUCAAUGUUACUGAAAUUCCUGAUGAAUUGCCUGAAGAUCAGAUGAGAGACAAGCUAGAACUGAGCUUUUCUAAGUCCCGAAACGGAGGUGGAGAAGUGCUAUGCGUGCAGUAUGAUAAGCAGUCCCGGAGUGCUGUGAUUACAUUUUUGGAAACUGGAGUUGCUGACAAGAUUUUGAAAAAGAAAGAAUAUCCGCUUUGUAUAAAUCAAAACUGCUAUAGAGUUAUUGUUUCUCCAUACAUAGAAACAGACUUGAAAAAUUUUCAGGCAUUUUCAGGAAUAUCUAGGAGGACAGUGCUUCUCACUGGAAUGGAAGAUCUUCAGAUGAUGGAUGAAGAAAUUUUAGAGGAUUUAGUUAACAUUUACUUUCAACGGGAGACGAAUGGAGGUGGAGAAGUAGAAGUGGUCAAAUGUUCUCUAGGUCAGGCUUGCAUAGCAUACUUUGAAGAAUAGAGGCAUGGAAUUAGAUGAAUAUUAGAGCUUCUGAGCCCAAAACACUGUCCAUGUGUGACAAAAAUGAAUAUCCCUUUCCUUUAAAAAAUUUCCUUCCUAAAAAAAAUUUCCUUUAAGAAAUUCCUUUCCUUGAAUUCUUAAGUGUCCAUUUAUUCUUAGAUACAAAAAUAUAUUUCCAUGUUUUUGAAUUCUUGUUUCAAACUCUGCUGCAUGCUUACAAGUGCAGUAAAUGUACUGUAUUAAAAAGUUUUGUUUGUUCAUAAAUGAUGUGGACAGGUGCCAUGUCCAUUGAAAUCAA